CCUGGAUAUAUUUACGAAGGAAAGAGACAAAGUAGUAGCAUUAAUACAAGUGCCUCUGCAGCUAUUACUUCUGUUUACCAAUCUGUUUUUGGCAGUAAAACAAAAUAUAUAGAACUUUCAUAUUUAGGUGUAGACCAACCUGAAACAGCUCAAAAGUUAUUGGAAGAUGUUAUAUUUUGUCUUUUUAUUAUUGAAUUAGAAAACAUUACAGUUUUUGUUAGUUGGCUUGGCAAAAUUAUAAUAUCGAAUACAAAUAAAGUUGGUCAUAAUUAUGCGGCAUCAUUAUUUUAUAAAUAUCGGGAG